CUGAGCCCCCCGCCGAUGUUCCCCUGCCCGGACGAGGCGCCCGCGGGGACAGCGGGGUCGCCUGGGGGGGGUGGCAGCGCUGCCAUCGAUGCCACCACCGCCAACGGGGACCUGGGGGCCGCGUCCCCCGGGCCGCCCCCCGCCUCGCCCGCCAGCGCGGGGUCCCUGGACACGGCGUCGGUGUCCAGCGAGGACCCCCCGGACACCGAGCCCGGCCACGGCGACGGGACCCCGGUGACAGUGUCCGUGUCCAGCGAGGACCCCCCCGAGCCCAACCCCACCCACGGCGAGGGGACCCCGGUGACAGUGUCCGUGUCCAGCGAGGACCCCCCCGAGCCCAACCCCACCCACGGCGAGGGGACCCCGGUGACAGUGUCCGUGUCCAGCGAGGAGACCCCAGAGCGCGACCCCCGCGCCGCGUCCGCGGGGACAGCGGUGACCCCGGACCCCUCCGGCCGGGGGGGUGACGGCGGCGCGCGGGGGGGCCCCGAGGGCAUCGCCACCUCCCUGGUGUCGCUGAUUCUGUCCGAGGCCGUCGCCAGGGCCACCGGCAGCGCGUCACCGGAGCCGGGCACAGCCGCGGCCACCAGCGGGGAGGGCCCGAUGUCCCCAAGCCCGGGUGUCCCCCGCGAUGUCCUGCGGCGUCCCCGGGAGCCGGGACAGCCCGGCGGGGACGGGGGACAGCGCGGGGACAGCGGGGACAGCGCGGAUGCGGAGCCGCGGGGCUGUCCCGGGACACCGGAGCGGGACACGAGCCGGGACACGAGCCAGGACACCCCGCGCGGUGAAUCCCCCACCCAGGACCCCCCCGCCGAGCCCCUCAGCACCCCCUGAGCCCGCGGGAAACGGGGGCAUCUGCCCCAAAUUCCUUCCUCGGGAUGCGCCUCCUAACCCCCCCCCUUCCCGUCCGAAAUAAAGGUGGGAAAUGCGA